AAACAGGACGUUGCGUCUAAUCUGAACCUGCAAACCGCUGAUCAUGAAAAAACCUGUUUAGUUUUUGUCAAAAGCUAAUUAACAUACUGUCUCUCUUUCUUACGUAUAUAUCUCCUGAGAUCACGGACAACUGCACUUGAAUUGGGUUCAUCAAGCUUGCUGAAUUUUCCCCCUUCAUCCACUCAUCAUGGUGGAGUACUACCAGGUUUUAGGAGUACGGAGAGAUGCAUCUGCAGAUGACAUAAAGAAAGCGUACAGAAAGCUGGCCCUGAGGUGGCACCCCGAUAAAAACCCAGACAACAAGGAGGAAGCUGAGAAGAAGUUCAAGGAGCUUUCAGAGGCUUAUGAAGUCCUGUCAGAUGUAAACAAGAGGAGCAUAUAUGAUCGCUACGGCAAGGUGGGGCUGACAGGGAACAACACUGGAAGAGGGGGGCAUUUCCACAAUGGAGAGCAUUUCCACGAACCGUUCACAUUCCGCAACCCAGAUGACGUCUUCAGGGAAUUCUUCGGGGGCAGAGACCCAUUUGCAAACUUCUUUGGUGCAGAUCCAUUCAGUGAUGAUCCAUUUUUUGGCAGUGGCCGGCGGCACCAAAAUCGGGCAAAUCGCAGUCGUACAGGUGUCUCAUUUUAUGGGGGCUUUGUAGGUUUUCCUCCCUUUGGGGCUGGCUUCUCACCUUUUGACCCAGGCUUCAGUUCUUUUGGCCCCAUGAGCACCAUGGGUCACAUGGGUCAAAUGACAACCAUGGGCAGUCUGGGAGGUGGAGGCUUCACCUCUUUCUCUUCCACUUCCUUUGGGGGAGGAGGUGGAGGAGGAGGCAUGGGCAACUUCCGCUCUGUGUCCACUUCCACCAAGAUCAUCAACGGCAGGGAAAUCACUACAAAAAGAAUUGUGGAGAAUGGUCAAGAGCGGGUAGAGGUGGAAGAGGAUGGGCAGCUAAGGUCAUUAACUAUUAACGGUAAGGAGCAGCUGCUGCGGCUGGAACACAAGUAAAGAUGGAAGCAUCCUCUGCUGGAGAGGUGUUACCUCAGCACAAACAUACCAACAAACUUGAGCUUGAAAUAGAAGGGGAAAAAGCAACACAACAAUGUAAUAAUAGUGCUCUACUGUUGUUUGGAUGUACAUACUUAGGUUGUGUUUAUUUCUCCUCAUGUCCCCUCCCUGUUGACUCAUUUGUUAACCUACAAUUCAAAUCACAGGAUUUGGAUGCAGACUUUUCUAUGCAUUUUGUUCAUGUAUUUUCGAAUAGGAGCUGUCCUUAUAUGUUGGCUCAGGGUGGUGUUAUUGUUUUCGUGUUUGGGACCACAGUAUUGUUCUGAUGUAUGUAUGACCAGACCCCCUUCCCCCUUCCAACACUUUCUGUAUGCACUCCACUGUGUCUGUGUGCAGACAGCGCAGACGCUGUGUUCAGAAAACAAAGCAUGACUUUGUUUUUUCAUCUAAAAAGUAAAAAAAAAGUGUUGAAUUUGAUAUUUAAAAGUGGGUAGGAAUAUCUGAAGCACCCCCCACCCCCCGUUUACUGCUUGUCCAGACUCUUCAAAAUCAUUUUUUAUUAAAAAAAAAUAAUGCUGUUAGGAUGAGUUAUGCAAUUUUAUAUGUUCUAAUACCAAUGUGUUUUCGUUUAUUUAAUAACGCAUGUACACCUGUUGAUGUUCAGUCUUAAUGUUAAAGUUGCAUUAUGAUGCACAAGUAUUGGAAGGCGUUCUAUAGCCCCCCUUCCAAAAGUUAGGAUACUGUGUAAAACAUAAAUAAAAACAGAAUGCAGUCAUUUGCAAGCAAACUGUAUUUACUAACGGACGUGUUCCGUGUAGAAAUGUCCUUUAUUCUUGUAUUUCACAAAGUGGUGAACCUCGCCCUAUCUUUCCUUGUGAACAGCUGAGCCUUUCGAAGAUGCCCCUUUCAUACCCGAUCGUAAUACUAUUACCUGUUAGCAAUGAACCUGUGGAAUGUUAUUUUUGAGCAUUCCACAACUUUCCCAGUCUUUUGUUCACCCUGUCCCAACAAAUUCAGAAUAAGCAUAUGUAUACAAAAAUCUAUGAAGUUGAUUAAAACAUUAUAACAUAAUAAUAUAAAACAUUAAAUAUGUCAAAUAGGAUUAGCAAAUGAUCACAUUCUGUCCUAUUCAUGUUUUGCACAGCGUGCCAACUUUUUUGGAACCGGGGUUGUAUAAAUGUUUUAUGAACAUGGAAGAAAAUUUGUAAAGCUGAGUUUCAUCCUGUUUUCAGGAUGCUGAAAUCUUGGCUGAUCUCUGCUCUGUUAGUUUAUUGUGAAGCAGAUAAACAAUUAUGUUCUAGCCAUCAAGUAUCAUGAGCGUUACCAUGGGUAGUUACCAGAGUGUCAGUGCUCAUAAAUUUCACUUUGUCAGAUUUGUUAGAAAUGUGUCUCGAAUGACAAGAUGAUGUUUCAUAGACAUACCAAAACAAUAUUACAAACAAGAAUUUGUAUUACAGUGAAAUAUUAAAAAAAAGAAAAAAAACAUCGUGUAGCUGCAGUGCACUCUGUUUCAAUGCUUGUUUCCACUUUUAGUGCCUUACUCCACAGGUACACAGGCCCUGCAUCACGUCCUCAGACUGCGGUUUGACAGACUGAGGAGCAAAAAGAUUCUGUUGUAAUCUCUUCCGUCAGGACUAUCUUUAAGCUAAACAGAAAUAUA